CAUCGAUAGCAUGGUGUGCUAACAACACAGCUCUAGUGCUAAUCAAAAGAAAACACAGAACAGGACGGAAAUAUAUAGAAUACUUUUGCACUUAAUUUGACUUGCCACGACUACCUGGCCAACUCGAUCGGCGAUAUAGACCACCGGCCCAUCAGUCAAUUUCAUUCUGGCAUUGAUCGAGCUCCGUGAAACUUGCAUUCCAGCUGGCCACCAUCCCAUACGUCCAUAUAUCCUUUAUAAAAUAUCUAUAAAUCGAAGAGGAAUCCUAGCCCCGCCGACCAUGUCAUUGGAUCGCCUUGGUUGCUGGCCGGAUCGGAGUUAAUUGAGACUAUGCACCGGAAUCGAAACAGCUCCGCAUUGAAGUACACGUAGAGAGCAUUUCCGAGUCCGCCCCCGUUCGGAGCCCCGUUCCUUGAUCCCCUGGAAGAUCGAUUGUGGUCCCGGCGAGCGGAGGGCAGAAUCCAGAGGAGGAGGAGGAGCAGGAGCAGCAGUGGAAACGCCGGCAUGCUGCUGGUGCGUCAGCUAUUCGGGGCUUCGGCCAACUCCUGGGCACGCGCCCUCAUCAUAUUCGUACUGGCCUGGAUCGGGUUGGUCUACGUGUUCGUGGUCAAGCUGACCAAUACUCAGGGCCAGCAGGCGGCCGGGGAGAGUGAGCUGAACGCCCGUCGCAUAUCACAGGCGCUCCAGAUGCUGGAGCACACGAGACAGCGCAAUGAGGAGCUUAAACAGCUCAUCGACGAGUUGAUGAGUGACCAACUGGACAAGCAGAGCGCAAUGAAACUGGUGCAAAGGCUGGAGAACGAUGCGCUAAAUCCAAAGCUGGCGCCCGAGGUCGCCGGCCCGGAACCAGAAUCCAUGUUCGAGUCCGCCCCCGCUGAUCUGCGCGGUUGGAAUAAUGUGGCCGAGGGAGCGCCCAAUGAUCUGGAGGCCGGUGUUCCGGAUCAUGGCGAAUUCGAGCCCAGCCUAGAGUACGAGUUCACGCGCAGACGCAUCCAGACGAACAUCGGUGAGAUCUGGAAUUUCUUCAGCAGUGAACUGGGCAAAGUGCGUAAGGCAGUGGCCGCCGGCCAUGCGAGUGCCGAUUUGGAGGAGUCCAUUAACCAGGUGCUGCUCCAAGGCGCCGAGCACAAGCGCUCCCUGCUGAGCGAUAUGGAGCGGAUGCGUCAGUCCGAUGGCUACGAGGCCUGGCGACACAAGGAGGCACGGGAUUUGAGCGAUUUGGUACAGCGGCGCCUGCACCAUCUACAGAAUCCCAGUGAUUGCCAGAAUGCUCGCAAGCUGGUCUGUAAGCUCAACAAGGGCUGUGGCUACGGCUGCCAACUGCACCAUGUGGUGUAUUGCUUUAUAGUGGCCUACGCCACCGAGCGGACGCUCAUCUUAAAAUCCCGCGGAUGGCGGUAUCACAAGGGCGGCUGGGAGGAGGUGUUCCAACCGGUGUCCAACAGCUGCCAUGAUGCGGGCACCGCCAACACAUACAAUUGGCCGGGCAAGCCGAACACCCAGGUGCUGGUGUUGCCCAUCAUUGACUCGCUGAUGCCGAGACCGCCGUACCUGCCGCUCGCCGUUCCCGAGGAUCUGGCGCCGAGACUUAAGCGUCUGCAUGGAGACCCCAUCGUUUGGUGGGUGGGUCAGUUCCUUAAGUAUUUGCUCCGACCGCAACCAACGACGCGGGAUUUUCUUACCUCUGGCAUGCGCAAUUUGGGUUGGGAGCGUCCCAUUGUUGGCGUUCAUGUCCGUCGCACGGACAAAGUGGGCACAGAAGCGGCCUGCCACAGUGUGGAGGAGUAUAUGACCUAUGUCGAGGACUACUACCGCACGCUGGAGGUAAACGGCAGCACUGUGGCUCGCCGGAUUUUCCUCGCAUCGGAUGAUGCCCAGGUUAUUGAGGAGGCGCGCCGAAAGUACCCGCAGUACCAGAUCAUUGGUGAUCCGGAGGUGGCGCGCAUGGCGUCCGUAUCCACACGAUACACGGACACCGCCCUGAACGGGAUCAUUCUGGAUAUCCACCUGCUUUCCAUGUCCGAUCAUCUGGUGUGCACCUUCUCGUCGCAGGUGUGUCGCGUGGCCUACGAGAUAAUGCAGACGAUGUAUCCGGAUGCAGCGCAUCGGUUCAAGUCGCUGGACGACAUAUACUACUACGGUGGCCAGAAUGCGCACAAUCGCCGCGUCGUUAUCGCCCACAAGCCGCGCACGCACGAGGAUCUACAGCUGCGUGUUGGUGACCUCGUCUCGGUGGCUGGUAACCAUUGGGAUGGCAAUUCCAAGGGCAAGAAUACCCGCACCAACCAGGGCGGCCUAUUCCCCUCGUUCAAGGUGGAGGAGAAGGUGGACACCGCCAAGCUGCCUCUCUAUGCGGGCAUUUAGUUAGUUGCUCACAUCACUACAUUCUCGGCCAUGUUGUUGAUCGAUCUGUAAAUCCUAUCUGCCGCAUUCCACCUGGAAUUUCCAUGGUGCAUAUCGAUUCGGCUCGGAUCAGCAUCACCAGAAUCUAUCGAAUGUCCAGAAUCUCAAAUGAAAUCUCGCUCUUUCUGUACUUGUCCAUCAAUAUGUGACUAUUUCUUCAUGUUCUCGUCUGCGCACUUUUACGCUCUGAUUUCGAUUCCGAAUCUUAUUCUUAUUCUUAUUCUGCAUUUGUACAAGUCUUUUAAUAAGAUGUAAGUCGAAAGCCGAAGAAAUUAUGUUGACAAGAAUAUACAUAAAGAUAUUUAUAUAUAUAAAUAAAUUAUAUAUAGAAGUGCAUGUAGUUUCACUAAGCGCAAUAUAGUCUAUCACCUGUAAAAUAGUUGAAAGAAAAC